UGUGAUUUAAAGUGUUCAACAUGUAACAACAAAGAGAGGUGUCUUACUUGUAACACAACGAAUUACAAAACAAAUGAUGGUGACUGUCUUCCACAAAGUAGUAUCAUUGGUUGUCAAGUCAAAGUGACACAACUCGGAUGUUCAAAAUGCCAAGAAGGUUAUUAUCAAAUAAACACAAACGAAUGUGAAACGUGUGACAAAAAUUGCAAGACUUGUUUUUCAACAUCAACCAAAUGUACUUCAUGUGAUUCAUCACACGUCCUUCUUUCAAGUGGGAGUUGUGUUGGUCUUUCCCAAAUUUCUAAGUGCACAGAGAUAACGAAUUCUCGAUGCUCAAAAUGUUCAUUUUGGAAUACACCAAGUGAAGAUGGCACUUCAUGUGAAACCAAAGCAGUUUGGUGGGCUAUCAUAAUUGUUGUUAUAGUGUCUGUCAUAAUUAUUACACUUUCCAUAACCGUUAUCAUAUUAACAACUAAGAAAAUACUUGACAUUGUUCAUGGUAACAUAUCAGACAAAAACAAAACUAUAUUUUUGAUGGAGAAGUCUAACAUUGUCUUUUCUAAUAUUCAAGGCGGAAUUUGCAUUUCUUCCAAUGAAAUCAAUUUCAACGAGGAUUUUGAUGAAAUUCCAGUUGACGCUGUUACACGCCAAAUGAUUUCUGUUGGUAACACAAACAAAAACAUUGUCAAAAUCCAGUUCACUUAUUCAUCAAAAAUUGAAAAGUUUGAACUUGAGGUUGAUCCAGUAGUCGUUACUCUUAAAAAGGGAUAUGCCUGUGAAUUUUCAAUUUAUUUGAAACCACUGUGUACUUGUAAAUUUCACAGUACAAUCCAAAUGAUAUCAAAAAACAUUAAAAGUGGUGAAGAGAAAUACAAUGAAAUUAUGAUUAAGGGGUUGACUUGUCGGUCCACACGCAUCGACUACGAAGAGUUAAUAGAAGAGAAGAAACUUGGUGAAGGUUCUUUUGGAAUUGUGUAUAGAGGAACCUUUCGAGGUAACGAUGUAGCAAUAAAAGUGAUGAAGAGUUCAGCGGAUGAGAUGGGAGGGAUGGAAGAAUUUGAGAAUGAAGUACAGAUGAUGGACAAAUUUAGAAGUGAGUACGUUGUUCAUUUUUAUGGAGCUUGUUUUGUACCAAAUAAGAUAUGUAUGGUCACUGAAUAUGCGGAAUUUGGGAGUUUGUCGGACUUGAUUAAGAAAAAACAUACGAGUGAUGAAAUUGGUAUGAAAAUGCGAGUAAAAAUCAUGUUAGACUCCUCCAAGGGAAUAUUUUAUCUUCAUGAAAAUGGGAUAUUACACAGAGAUAUCAAACCAGACAAUAUCCUCGUCUUUUCACUUGAUUUGGAUCAGAAAAUAAAUGGAAAGUUGACUGACUUCGGUUCGUCUCGGAAUAUCAAUUUACUGAUGACUAACAUGACGUUCACCAAAGGUAUUGGUACUCCUGUUUACAUGGCACCCGAAGUAUUGAAGCAAGAGAGGUAUAAACGGUGUGCUGAUAUAUUUUCCUUUGGGGUGACUAUGUUUGAAAGUUUUGGGUGGUGCAAUGCAUACCCUAAAAAAGACUUCACGUACCCAUGGAAAAUAGCAGAGUUUGUGAUCGAAGGAAAACGGCAAAACAAAAUGAGUUGUAUGAGUGAAAAACAGUAUGACUUGAUAUCAGAAUGUUGGGAACAUAAGGCGGAAAAUCGACCACAUUCGGAAGAUGUUGUUCAUAGCCUCCAAUCAAUUUAUGAUUCCUUAUAA